AUGAGCUCUGAGAACCAGAGCAGUGUGUCUGAGUUCCUCCUCCUGGGCCUCCCCAUCCAGCCAGAGCAGGAGGCCAUGUUCUUCGCCCUGUUCCUGACCAUGGUGCUGUACCUGAACAAGGUGCUGGGGAACCUGCUCAUCAUUCUGCUCAUCUGGCUGGACUCUAACUUUCACACUCCCAUGUAUUUCUUCCUCAGCCACUUGGCCCUCACUGACGUCUCCUUUUCAUCUGUCACUGUCCCUAAGAUGCUGAUGGACAUGUGGACUAAGUACAAAUCGAUCCUUUAUGAGGAAUGCAUUUCUCAGAUGUAUUUUUAAAUAUUUUUUACUGACCUGGACAGCUUCCUUAUUACAUCAAUGGCGUAUGACCAAUAUGCUGCCAUAUGUCACCCUCUCCAUUACACUGCCAUCAUGAGGGAAGAGCUCUGUGUCUUCUUAGUGGCUGUAUCUUGGAUUCUGUCUUGUGCCAGCUCCCUCUCUCACACCCUUCUCCUGACCCAGCUUAUGAAGAGGGAGAAUCAGAGCAGCACAUCCGAGUUCCUCCUCCUGGGCCUCCCCAUCCAGCCAGAGCAGCAGGCUGUGUUCUUCGCCCUGUCCCUGGGCAUGUACCUGAUCACAGUGCUGGGGAACCUGCUCAUCAUCCUGCUCAUCCGGCUGGACUCUAACCUUCACACCCCCAUGUAUUUCUUCCUCAGCCACUUGGCUCUCACUGACAUCUCUCUUUCAUCUGUCAUGGUCCCAAAGAUGUUAAUGAGCAUGCAAACUCAGGAUCAAUCCAUUCUUUAUGGAGGGUGUGUAACUCAGAUCUAUUUUUUCAUAUUUUUCAUUGAUCUAGACAAUUUCCUUCUCACUUUAAUGGCAUACAAUCGGUAUGUGGUCAUCUGUCACCCCCUCUGCUACACCACUAUCAUGAAAGAGGGACGGUGUAACUUACUGGUAGCAGUGUCCUGGAUCCUCUCCUUUACCAAUGCCCUGUCUCACACUCUCCUCCUGGCCCCACUGUCCCUUUGUGCUGACAACACCAUCCCCCAUUUCUUCUGUGACCUUAUUGCCCUACUCAAACUCUCAUGCUCAGAUAUCUCCCUCAAUGAGCUAGUCAUUUUCACAGUGGGACAGGCAGUCAUUACUCUACCACUAAUAUGCAUCUUGAUCUCUUAUGGCCACAUUGGGGUCACCAUCCUGAAGGCUCCAUCUAACAAGGGCAUCUUCAACGUUUUGUCCACCUGUGGCUCCCACUUCUCUGUGGUGUCUCUGUAUUAUGGCACAAUUAUUGGACUGUAUUUUCUCCCCUCAUCCAGUGCCUCCAGUGACUAAUUGUCUCUGUGAUGUACACGGUGAUCACGCCAUUGCUGAAUCCCUUCAUUUAUAGUCUAAGGAACAGGGACGUAGAGGGAUCCCUGGAGAGACUCUUCAACAGGACAACAGUCUUAUCU